GGUGUCCUGAAGGACCUCGGUGAAUAACCGACUGUUCUCUCUGGGGUUUGGGUUGUCAUAGCGACGGAAAAGGAGAACCCGGAGACCUAGGCAUGAGGGGAGAAGAUGAUUCAGCGAGUCUCCACUGUGGGGCUGCUAUCCUUCUUCUUCUUCUUCUGGAGCACUGAAGAAUAGAAAGCAAACGCAGGAUGCAACCCUGCCACCCCCGUCUUCUGCUUAUUCUACAUCUCCUUCCCGUGAUUGCGCUCAACCAGGACUUCAACUGGAGUGUCAGCCAUGUUGUUGGGAAACUCCCUGAGGACCACCGCGAAACCUUCAGGAUCCAUCAACCUUCAGGGAUCGACUCUCCUAACUGGUCCUCCAGCUCUGCAGAGGCUAUGAGCUCCUAUGGAGAGAGCAAUGUCCAGCGCAUCAUUGGGGGAUUCAUUGUUGCCCCCCACUCUUCCAAGUAUCUUGUGUCUCUGAAGAGGAAUUCCGGCUACCAUUUCUGUGGGGGAGCGCUGGUCAGUCGCAGAUGGGUCCUGACGGCGGCGCACUGCAAAACUGGGAUCAACCAGAUGUUGAUUGUCGCUGGGGAGUAUUCUCUCUCCACGUUUGAAGGCACGGAACAAGUAUUCCGGCCUGCCCGCAUGGUGGUCCAUCCCGAUUACAGCACCGUGACCAAAAAUGCAGACAUUAUGCUCAUUAAGUUGAACAAGCCAAUAUCGUACAGCGCUUCCAUCUCCAUUGUGCCUCUUCCCCAGCAAGGAGCGACAGUCAGAGAAGGCCGCUUCUGCCAAGUCUCCGGGUGGGGCUACACCACCCCCAUUGGAGGGAGGACCUCUGACACACUGCGCAGCGUCCGCCUCCCCAUCAUUGCCACUUGGAAGUGUAACAGCUCGUCUUCCUACGCCGGGUACAUCACCAAGAACAUGAUCUGCGCCGGGUUCAGCACUGGGGGCAAAGAUGCAUGCCAGGGAGACUCUGGUGGGCCACUGGUCUGUGAUGGACGCGUAUUUGGCAUCGUUUCCUGGGGACACAGCUGUGCCAGUCCCAGGUAUCCGGGGGUCUACACAGCUGUAGCCAACUUUCAGAAAUGGAUUUACAAGACAAUCUUCAAGCAAUAGUCCAUACACACCAUUUCCCAACAACAACAACAAUACUAAUACUAAUAAUA